CGCUCCAGAAGCAUCUCAGCCUCUCGCCAAGACACGCACGACGCACACGGCAGCACCAUGUCGAUUGUCAGCAUCGUCGCCAGGGAGAUCCUGGACUCCCGAGGAAAUCCCACCGUGGAGGUGGACCUCCGCACCGACAAAGGCGUGUUUCGAGCGGCGGUGCCCAGCGGCGCCUCGACGGGCAUCUACGAGGCUCUGGAGCUGCGAGACGGCGACAAGAGCAGAUACAAGGGAAAAGGCGUCCUGAAGGCCGUCGGACAUAUCAACGACACGCUGGGUCCUGCGCUUAUGGCCUCUGGCAUCAGCGUCGUGGAACAAGAGCAACUGGACAACAUGAUGAUCGAGAUGGACGGCACAGAAAACAAAUCUCAGUUCGGGGCCAACGCCGUCCUGGGCGUGUCGUUGGCCGUUUGCAAGGCGGGCGCCGCCCACAAGGACGUCCCCCUCUACAGACACAUCGCGGACCUGGCGGGAAACACUGAAAUGGUCUUGCCCGUGCCCGCGUUCAACGUGAUCAACGGAGGCUCCCAUGCCGGCAACAAACUGGCCAUGCAGGAGUUCAUGGUGCUUCCCGUGGGCGCAGAAUCCUUCAAAGAGGCGCUGAGGAUAGGCGCCGAGCUGUACCACACGCUGAAGGGCGUCAUCCAGCAGAAGUACGGCCAGGACGCCACCAACGUGGGCGACGAGGGAGGAUUCGCGCCCAACAUCCUGGAGAACAGCGAGGCUCUGGACCUUCUCCAGACGGCCAUCGAGAAGGCGGGUUUUACCGACAAGGUGGUGGUGGGCAUGGACGUGGCCGCCUCCGAGUUCUACCGCGAGGGGAAGUAUGACCUGGACUUCAAGUCCCCGCCAGACGCCGAGCGGCACAUCAGCGCCGAGGAGCUGGCCGACAUCUACCAGGGCUUUGUCAACAACUACCCGGUGGUGUCUAUUGAGGACCCGUUCGACCAGGACGACUGGGAGGCCUGGUCCCGUCUGACGGCCCGGGUGGGGAUCCAGGUGGUGGGCGACGACCUGACGGUGACCAAUCCCAAGCGGAUCGAGAAGGCGGCCGAGGAACGCGCCUGCAACUGCCUGCUGCUCAAAGUCAACCAGAUCGGCUCCGUCACCGAGGCCAUACAAGCGUGCAAACUGGCGCAGGCCAACGGCUGGGGCGUGAUGGUGAGCCAUCGCUCCGGGGAGACCGAGGACACCUUCAUCGCAGACCUGGUUGUCGGACUGUGCACUGGACAGGUAUUCACACACAGAUGCACACGCACACGCACACAAGGCUUCAUUUUGAUUUGUGUGUCGCAGAUUAAGACCGGCGCCCCCUGCAGGUCCGAAAGGCUGGCCAAGUACAACCAGCUCAUGAGGAUCGAGGAGGAGCUCGGAGACCAGGCCCGCUUCGCAGGACACAACUUUAGGAACCCCAGCGUCCUGUGAAAAUCACACCCCCACGCGCGCGCAUACGCUGAGCCAUGUAUGGAGGAUAUCUCGCACAA